AGCCUCUUCUGCCUCUGUUGCUGACCCUCGCGUUCGCCAUUCAAAAAUGGCCAGUAUGCCUGGUGACUGACGACGUAACCAACCAACAAGAACCGCACUGUCAGGGUUAGCCCGAUUAUUGUCCAAUCAGCGGCAGCAGUAGGCGGACCCCAAGCAGCUCAGUUGCUAUUUCUAAAGAGAUAAUCGGCUGUUUGGGGAUCAGAAGAGAAAUGGCGGUGGGGACUUUGUGUGAAAUUUGCAGGAUUUAAAGGGUGUUUGCAGAGUGUCGGUGGCUUUGAGGGCGCUUGGCUGAUAAGUUUUCUGUGGAGGAGGUGUGUGGCUAUUUGAACUGCAGUGCCUGCGUUGUAUUUAUGAGUGAGGAGACUCGGAAAAACUACACCGUUCAAAAGAGGCAUCGUCGAGAAUUUCUGUAACGGGAAGGGGGUGGAGGGGUGGGGAGAGGGAGGGGGUGGGGGGGAAGGAAAACACAGGAUUCUUUGUAAAUGAGAAAUGGAAAGUUUUGGAUCAUUGGACAACCGGUUGGAUAAUCAUACCAGCCCGGUGGAUUAUUUGCACCAGAGGUUCGCCAAUAGUUGCGAGAACACUUUCAACUCGUGGAAUGAUUAUUUGGGUCUGACCACACUGGUGAGCAAAGCUGUCAACCAGGCGGGCAAGAGUGGGCUGCAUCCGGGCAGCGAGCUUGGUCUGCAGACCAGGUCUCCCUACCUCGCCCGCUCCCUAGAGCUGAGUCACCUGCCCCUGUGCUCUCAUCACGGCGCUCUGCUGGACUCCGACUUGGAGGAGAGGUUCGCUGAGUUCAGCCCCUUCUCCACGAGUUCGAGCCCCCUAUUUGCUUACUCCGGGGCAGGCGAGGAGCAGCGGCAUCAGCAGCAGAGGCAUCAGCAGCGACUGGACCGAGUGGACGUGAUCAUGAUGGACGAAAAGCAUCUCCCUCACCACCAACAGCAGCCAACUACUCACCACCAGCGAGGCGCCCGAGCUAAGCCAGACCUGCAAAUCUGCGUGUUCUGCAGGAACAACAACGAGUCUGUUACCCUCUAUACCACCCACGUCCUGAAGAGUCCCGAUGGAAGAGUGUUGUGCCCCAUCCUGAGGAGGUACACUUGCCCCCUGUGUGGUGCUAACGGGGACAACGCACACACCAUCAAAUAUUGCCCCCUCUCCAAGCUACAACCUUCUAUCCCGAAACUGAAGACCAGAAACUGCGUUAGCAAGAGGGUCCGUUAAUAAGGACAGCGUGAGUCGAAUUAAGUUCAUGCCCUGAGCAACCUUCGUAGACUAAUAUUUGGACUUUUAUUGAGAGUAUUUUGAGUACGGGAAAAUGUUUUAUAGUGGCUGAAUGUACACUGUCUAAAUUUGUUUACAAUCUACUAUUUCUGGCGGAAUAUCAAGUCCAGAAACCUACCUCAGUUAUAUAAAUAUAUAGUUUAUGGAAAUGAGAAUGCCACAAUCAUUUUUUUUAA